AUGGCUGCUACACAAGAGAUGAAGCCGAACGGCGAGCCAGCAUGGACCCUGCAAACUCCUCCGCCCCUGCCUGCCGGCUAUGACAAGCAUCAUAUCGUUUUCCUGGAAGCUGUCCAUCUGCCCUUGGCUCCGCUACCUUUUGAAUACACCAUCGAUAUCCACCAAAGGACGCAAGGCCAUGAGAUCGCAGAACGCAUCAAGCCGGCUACCAUCGUCAUCUCAAAUGUGCUCGAUGUCAAGCCAUCCGACAUGGACCAUGCCCCGAAUCUUCAACUACUGGCAGUAUUAGCAACAGGUAUGGGCUGGGUCGAUAAGGAGUACUGUGCAAAGCGAGGAAUCAGUGUUGUCAACUCUCCCGGUGCAAACAUUGAUGCGGUAUCCGAACAUUUCAUGGCUUUGUACUUUGCCAGCAGAAAGCGACUCGGCGUUAUUGACCAGAACGUCAAGACUUCUGACGAGUGGCUGAAGACUUACAGCUUGACCAAGAAAGUAUGGCCUGAAGGUCCGCCUCUUGGUGUCAAGCAGGAAACACUCGGGAUUGUCGGGUACGGUGCUCUAGGGCAGAACAUUGCGGCGUUGGCAAAAGCGAUCGGCUUUCGCGAGGUCCUGGUUGCAGAACGAAAAGGUGCAGUGAAGAUCAGGAUGGGUCGUGUCACUUUUGAAGAUCUGCUCACGAGAAGCACCACAAUUGUCCUUGUGUGCCCCAGAGAACCAGAUACAAUCAAUCUGAUCGACGAGCACGAGUUCGGCAUGAUGAAGAAGGAAGUACUUCUCAUCAACAUCGCCCGUGGAGGUAUCGUGAACGAGGCGGAACUCGCAAAAGCCUUGAAGGAGCAUCGCAUCUUUGGCGCUGCCACCGAUGUGCUGGACAGCGAGCCUGGCGGACCUGGCACAACUCCACUGCUUCCGGAUCUAAGUAAAGGUGAGGACCCAGUCCCAAACCUCAUUGUCACCAGCCAUGUCGCUUGGUUCUCCGGAAGCACGAUCGCAAAUCUACAGAAAGUCAAUUGCGAUGCGAUGACUGCGUUCGUGGAGGGCAGGAUGUAUGACCCGAAAGCCAGGGCAUGCGUUGCAGUACAUGAUGGCAAGACUUGGAAAUGA